AUGACACCAUUCAUUGUGCAGAAAAAGAAACUAAAUCAACAAGCUGGGAAACAGUAUGAAGCUGGUAUGUGUCAAGCAUUUAUUCAGCUGUUAGUCAAACGUGCUUCUGAAUUACUUGUGAAAGCACUGGAUCAAGGUGGCAGCGUCAUGACUGAAAUACAAUUCCUGGCCAGUACAUUAGAAGCAGAUUGUUAUCAAGGUGAAACAUACGGUGUAUUAGGUUUAUUGGGAUACGUGUUACGACAGAAUAGUAGUGUGGCACGUUUGGAAAUUGUACAAUUUCUCAUUGAAUCUGAUGAACGUAAUAAACUGGCUUUGGGAAAACGAGAUCAAACAACAUGUAUUGAACUAGCUGAAACUGUGAACAAGGAACAACAUGUGAUAGAUUAUUUACAACAACAAUUAAAUAUGUUAUUGAAUAAAAUGCCCUUUCAACGUGAUAUUCCAACCGAAGAAAUUCAUCAAUGGAUUCUGAAUGGUGCUAAUACGGAAUGGGUAGAUGAAAACGGUGACACUGUCCUUUGUAAAGCUGUUGAUGCCAAUAAAUUUGAGCUGUGUCAAACACUUCUAGCAGCUAAUGCUAAUACAAAAUUUCAAAAUAAGCAACAUAAAACUCCCAUUGAUAUUGCACAGAGCCAACCCUCUAUUAAUGCAGAACUAGUUAAUAUUCUCAAAAAUCAAGCUGUUAAUAAUGAAUUGAAAUCAGCUAUUAUGGAUCACAAGCCAGUUGAUGUUAUGCGAGAAAUUCUGUCUAGACGUGCUGAUAUUAAAGCCAUUACAAAUGCAAAUCAAGAUACAUUUCUACAUUUAUUACUUUUAAAUAAGAAUGCAACACCAGACCUUCUCAGAACAUUUGUGAAUGAAUAUCAUGCCGAUAUUCAUGCAAUGAAUUUAAACGGACAUCGUUCAAUUGAAACACUUAUUGAAAAGGAAAGUGAAAUUAGCCAAGAAUUAGCCAAACUUGUUCAAUACGGUGCACAAAUAGAUCAUCGACAUAAGCAGAACGACAAGAAUGACGAUGAAUGGACAGUAGUUCACAUACUUUGUAAAUUAGGAAAUUUAAACCUAUUGAAAUAUCUAAUUCAAAAUUUAAAAGCGAAAUCUUACAAUAAACCAACAUCAAAAUCGGCUGAUCAUCCCGUCUCAAUUGCAGCUGAAUACGGUCACUUGCCUAUCGUCGAUUACCUUCGAGAAACAUUCGACGACGUCGAUUUAAAUGUUUUAAACUCAAAUGGAGAUUCUCCACUACACAAAGCAGCGAAAAAAAAUCAUUUUCUCGUCGUUCGUUAUCUCGUUCUAUGGGGUGCUGAUUCCCAUGCGUUGAAUUCAGCACAACAAAUACCAUUACAAUUAGUCACCUCAUCUGAUUCUACAAAACAACUGAUUCAAUUCCUAGAACAAUUGGUAGAUAUUCCUACGAACACUGCAGAGGAGAAGCAACCACGUCUACGCUCAGCACAUCGUCCAAGCGACGAUUUUGAUUAUUGUAAACUAGUUGCACCGAUUCAAUUUCAUCAUACACAACCGCUUUUUAGCGAUCUAUCUCCAGAAAGUAAUAAAUCCAGUAAUGUAUUUAACUCAUCUCCAAAUGAAAGACUACACAGGGCAGCUACCAACGGUGACAUUAAUACGGCACGAAAUGCAAUAGCUGAUUCAGCUGACGUACGUUAUCGAGAUCAGCGCGGCCGUUUCAGUUAUGACAAAGCAUUGACAACAGUUAAUGAAUAUCGUACAAAGAUUCCACAUUCCCAGGAAGAACGAUACCAGAAUGAUGCUAUGGCAUAUGCUUGUAGUCAAGUGGCCCAGUUUAUAUCAACAGUUGCACGUGAUCAAUUGAUUGAAUCAAUUAAAAAAUCAAAUGCUGGACGAGUCAUGGCCUUCCAUAAGAGUGGUGCUCCACUCACUCCUGAUCUUCUUCAACUUGCAUGCAAUACCUCAAGUGAUAAUAUUGAAAUUGUUGACUAUCUGGUGUGCAAUAGUCCCGACGCUUAUCAAGCGAUGUUCAACUUUUCUGCUAACACUGAUUCACCCUAUGAAACUGCUUUGAAGAAGAAAUACACAAACAUUGCUAACUAUAUACAAUGGCGACUCACAGAACAACUUUCAAAUGCCGUCACUCAGAAUAACACUCAACUCGUUAAACAACUACUACUAGCGGGCGCCAGUUCUGAUAUGGUGAACAGCAACAAUUUAGAUCAAGCUAUUAAACAUAACAAUUUGGAAAUAGUACGUGCUCUUUGUGAACACGGCGCUCGUAUUCCAACUUCUGUGACCAGUACAAAUCCACAGAUAGCAUUCUAUUUAAAACGAUGCAAACUCAAUCAUGAUUUACGUGAAGCAGCUGCAAAUGGAAAAUUAGAAGAUAUUAAACUCUACCAUCGUCGUGGAGCAGAUAUUAAUGAGAAAAACUGCCAUGGAGCAACAGCUUUGCUACUAACAAUUCAACACGGUGAAAGGUAUCCGAUUGUUCACUAUCUCGUAUCAUGUGGUGCAUCGAUGCUGCAUUCCGACUUUUCACAACCAUCACUGUUGAAUUUGGCAAAACAACGAAAAUAUGAUAAAAUCGAUAACUUUUUAUCAACACAACUGAAUACACAAUUUCUAGCGACAAUCUUGAAUAAUGACACCAGUCAAAUUGAUGCAUUUUCAAAAUUGAGUGCUGACCUCUUCAAUUGUACAGAUGAUGAGGGAAGAACAUCCUUACACUAUGCUGUCCAGUAUCACGGAGCUGACUUGGUGAAAUGGUUGUGUGACCGUGGUAGUGAUCCGAUGAAAGCAGACCAACAUGGAAACUAUCCAAUUACACUAGCAGCUGAGAAGGGUGAUUAUGCGGUAGUGGAAUAUUUUAUAACUGCACAUGGUGCGACGAGAACAUUGAAAAAUAAAGCUGGUAAAGAUGCAUUGACCAUUGCUAGAAACAAAAAUUAUGGUGAAAUUAUACAAUUAUUCGAUCCCAGUUUUAAAAUCGAUAUUAAGACGAAGAAAAUCUUACCUCCGAAGUACAGUAACGAACGCCUGGAUCGUGCAGCUAAAAAUGGAGAAGUGUCAAUUAUUCAAGAAUUUAUUGAUCAAGAAUAUACUUCAUUAAAAGAUAAAACUGAACAAUGUCGUCGAAUGAUUGAAAUUGCAAAACAAGAGAAAAGUUAUCAAGUCCUGUCAAUGUUACAACCACACUAUGCAGAUCUGAGUCAAGAACUUACAACAGAACAAAGAGCCAGUCGUUUAGUCAGUCUUGGUGAAGAAUAUCAAACUAUAUUCUACAGUUUUAUGUCCGGUCUAUCGAAAGCGAUUGCGGACAGUGAUGUUAAAUUAGAUCCAGAAAAUCCAGACACAUAUAAAAAUUUACUAUUAAAUAUGACUUCAAAAAAUGGUGAACGUUUACAAAAAAUUGAUUCAAUUAAAACGGAAAUUGAUUCAAUGGAGCUGUAUCAAAAAGAACUUGAUGAUAUGCAAGAGAAAAUAGCCAAUUUAGAUGCAAGUGUUAAUGAAAUGAACAAGGAGAGAAAAGAAUUCAAAAAGAAGAUAGAAACAUAUGAAAAACAGUUGAUAGAUGAUACAAUGUCUGCUAUUCAGAAGAAAGAUUGUUAUGCGGAUAAACAGACAACGGAAGAUGCACUGAAUGCAUUAGAAUCAUCUACAUUACUCUUCAAAGAAGCACAAAUAACAGCAAAUAAUAAGAAGAAAUUAUUGAAUUACGUUCAUACAGCUCCGAAUCUAUUUGUGUUCUAUACAACAAUUGAAAAUCGUCUGCAGAGUUUAUUCAACGGUGUUCUAGCUGCACAAAGUAACCUGUUUAAAACUGAAUUAGUAACACCGGUAGCCAAUGUAGUAACUACAGCUCUUGAUAUUCUGCCAUUAGGAGCAAUUCCGUUAAGUGAAACCAUUACAGGGCCAAUUAAAUAUGCAGUAACUAGAAUAGUUGAAGCAGUAGGCAAAAAACGACAGCGUUCUCAAUGGUAUAAUAUAUCGAUUUUAGGGAAUAUUGAAGAACUACAAAAGGCAGCGACAACGACAGCCGGUUUAUUAACACUCUACUACAAUCAACAAAUUCAAGCUAUUGAUACUCAAUCAACGGCAGUGAAAGGUAGUAACGCGGUGAGCACAGUUGUAGCUAAAGCAAAAAAAAUUGUCGAAGGUAGUCCAGAACCAGAAAACGAAAGAACAAUUGUCACGGUUGCACAAUUUAUUGUCGAAUUUCUUGUUUCUAUUCUAACAUUACAGAAUCGACAAGAUGGCAGUGAGAAGAAGACAAAUCAAAUUGUAAAAGAUAAACCUCUAGCAGAACAACUUUGGCUAUUUGUUGCUAAAGAAAAUCUGUUUGAUUCAUCAAAGUGGGAAUCAUUACAAGCAAAAACAGGCUUAUCUUUAGCUAAACGAAUGCUUGUACUACGAAAGAGGAAGGAUGGAACGCCUGUGAAUGUACAAGUUCGUGAACUACUCGGUUAUGUUUCGUUGAUCACCGGUGAUGGAACGGUAUAUCGACCCAUUUUUAAGGCGGAGAGUAAUAAAAAGGAGUCAAAAUUCGUUGAUGUUGAAGGUGUAUUUGGCUACGUCUACUUGGAUCCAUUUCAAUCUGAUGAUGAAACAAUUAUAAAGAAAAUCAUCGCAGAUCGUAAACUGGAAAAAAGUGGCAGUCAACCUGAAGAAGCAAACGCACUUGGCGAAAAGAUUAAUGACAGUGUUGGCACGUUACUAGGAAGCACUUCUUUCUCUUCCACGACUGAUACUUAUACUAAUGGUGUAACGAAACGCAUGGCAUUAUCUAUUGCAGAAACACUGAAAGAACAAAAAAUAAUUCUGACAAAAGAUGAAGUGAACGAUAUGGUUCAUAAGUAUCAAGAAAGUGUUACGAUCAAUGUCAACAGUUUACGUGAAGAAAUGAAAGGUUCGACACAACGAUUUCAAGCAUCUAUCGAUGCUGCCUACCAAAAGAUUGGUGAAGAUUUUAAGGACUGCACAGAAAAAUUAAUUCAUCAAAAUCAGGAUCUCUUUCAGAAACAUUCACGACAGUUAAAUGAACAAAUGAACAAAUCCGAACAACGUCUGCAAGAACAAAUAACGAAACGCAUGAAUCAAAUACAGGAAGAAAUGAAGAGUGCAUCAGAGAAGAUGUUGGGCAUUGCACACUCUGCUAAACAGGAAUCGUCUUUGGCUGUCGUAACGUCGAAGACAGCACAAGAAGUUAGUGUCACAUGUGAAAAAGAAGCAAAAACGGCAAGUGAAAAAGCACAGGAACUAGUUCUAUCAACUGAAAAACGUAAACAAGAAAUGCAACAAGCAAUCAAUGAUAGUAUGGCUUUGGUGCGACAAACAAUUGACGAACAACGACAAGCAUACCAAACAAGUCUAAAUGAUCUGCAGAGACUAAUGAGAACGGAUCUCGAACAUAUGCGUACAGCAGUAGAUGUUUCAAGACGAAAAGCAGAGGAAUCAGAACGUAAUUCAAGAGACACGGCGAAAGCGAUGGAAGAACUCAUCAGAAAUCAAAAGAAAGAAAUGGACAGACUACUCAGGAAUCAAAAGGAAGAACGCAGAACAUUCGAAGAUACAUUUAAAGAUUUACAAAACAAAGUUGAAAAAGCAGAAAGUGACGCACGAAAGGCAGCUAAUCAGAGCGCAUCUGCUGCUGAUGCAGCUAAAAAAGCUCUUGACAAAAUAACAAAGAAAACGACAAUAGAUGAAUAA